UUUCUUAUUACACUAAAACAUUUGAACCUGACAGAGAAAAGAAGCUAAAGAGAGAAAAAUAAUGAGAGGACUCUCGAUCAUCGCGAUCCUCACCGUCCUCUGCCUAUUCUCCGCCGCUCACUCCCAGUCCGUCGGUUUCGCCGCCGAUUUCAUGCCGUUCGAGACAGAGUGCACUGGCUCCAUCGCCGAGUGCUCGACGGCGACGGGGUCAGAGUUCGAUAUGGACUCUGAGAUAAACAGGCGCAUCUUAGCGACGACAAGGUACAUAAGCUACGGUGCGCUUAGGAGAAACACAGUUCCAUGCUCGCGCCGCGGCGCGUCUUACUACAAUUGCCGACGUGGAGCUCAGGCCAACCCUUACUCUCGUGGCUGUAGCGCCAUCACUCGUUGCAGGCGAUGAUCUCUCUCUCUCUGUAUCUCAAAUUCUUUUGUUUUAAAUUAUAUACAAUUUUUCAGAUCUCUCUUUUUUUGUUGUUGUUUCCUGGUGGGUUACUUAUGUUUAUAAUUCCAUUGCAAUACAAUUUCGUAAACUCAAGUUAUCAA